CGAUGACAUUUUUUAGUUUGUUAGUAGAACUUGCGAUGUGCGUUUUUGUGUAAUCUUGUGUUCUUUUUGAAUCUGUUUUGUUUUUAAUUUUUGCUAUAUUAUUUCAAUAAUUGCUUUUUGCACAAUUUCUUUCACAAUCAACACACGUCGUCGGGUAUUGUGGGAUUAUUUUGUACAAAUUCCAAAUGAUAGUCAACAGUUUAGCGGACAACAAUGUAGAUUGAUUUUCGUGUCGUUUAUUUUCUAAUGCAUUUACCUGUGAAUUUAAAACCUCCAAAUGUUCCUUCCCAACCUCUUUAUAUUAUCCUGUUUGUUUCUGGCGAGCCUGGCGGCCCUGGAGGGACCUAACGUAUGCAUCAGGCAAGAAACAUUUACAGUAACUGUAAGAGUAUCCGAGGAGCAGCCAUAUCAGGUCAGAGAGUUCGUAUGGUGUUUGAAUUUCCCUCCCAGAUGUUCAAAGUACAAAAUAAAAUUCAGGACCGUCUACAAGACUCAGAACUUGGUCAAAACGCGACCGGUAGAAGACUGCUGCAAAGGUUAUACGAAAAACGUAGCUGAAAAUAAGUGCAUUCCUGUUUGUUCCGAAGACUGUUUGCACGGUAUUUGCGUAGCACCUGAGACAUGUAAAUGUGAAACCGGAUAUGGUGGACCAAACUGUGAUAUAUCUUGCCCUCAGAGUUUGUGGGGACGCGAAUGCCAAAACCAAUGCAAAUGCGAAAAUAACUCGACAUGCGAUCCGUUUAACGGCGGUUGCGAUUGUUCGAGAGGAUGGGAGGGCGUUUAUUGCCAAAACAAAUGCCAUGAGGGCACCUACGGCCAGGAUUGCUUCGAAAAGUGCAGAUGCGAAAAUGGAGACUGCGAUCAUGUAUCCGGAGAGUGUAGAUGUCACUCGGGCUAUAUGGGACCAUUAUGCGACGAGCAAUGUCCCAUUGGCACGCAUGGUGAUAACUGCAAAUCUGAAUGUCGCUGCCAGAACGGCGGCACAUGCGACCCUGAGACCGGAGAAUGCUUCUGCAAGGACGGCUGGACCGGGCUUGUUUGCGCCAAUAGGUGCCCGUUUGGUUUUUGGGGUUCUAAUUGCUCAAAGCCCUGCGAUUGCUAUAACGGUGCUUCUUGCAAUCAUAUACAUGGAACCUGCGAGUGUCAACCGGGAUUCACCGGGGACAGGUGUUUGGACGUUUGUCCUGAUGGCAAAUAUGGCCUAAAUUGCACAAAAAAUUGCAAUUGUUAUAAUGGCGCGAAAUGUUCCAAUAAAGACGGGGCGUGUAUCUGUGCGAAAGGAUGGACCGGGCAAUUGUGUAACAAGAGAGCAUGUCCUGAGGGUCUGUGGGGACUGAAAUGUCAAAAAUCGUGUCAGUGCAAUCCGUCGAACACAGAAAUGUGUCAUCCUUGGACGGGCGAGUGUGAUUGUAAGCCGGGCUGGAACAGCAAAGACUGCUCGAGACCUUGUCCAAUAUUAACAUACGGAAAAGGGUGUCACGGUUUGUGCAAGUGUAAAAAUAAUGCCCAAUGCUCUCCUUUAAAUGGCAGCUGCAUCUGUGCUCCCGGAUUCACGGGAAAUGAUUGCGGUCAGACAUGUCCGGAAGGAAGCUUUGGUGAAGAUUGUGCUCAAAAUUGUCAUUGCAAAAAUGGAGCUGCAUGCUCGUCUGAAACAGGGCAGUGUCAAUGUCCUCCCGGUUGGGAAGGUCAGCUUUGCGAUAGACCCUGCAGCAACAACUCUUAUGGCACGCUAUGCAAUCAGAAAUGCGUCUGUAAGAAUGGUGCUUCUUGCAACCCUGUUAACGGAACUUGUACAUGUGGAGCGGGCUUUACUGGCGAAUUUUGCGAAAAUAAAUGCCCGCCAGGGUACUUUGGUGUUAAUUGCGAACAAGUUUGUCAAUGUCAAGACAGUAACAACGUUGGAUGUGAUGCAGUAACCGGAAAAUGUAUUUGUAAGCCCGAAUGGAAAGGAACAAUGUGCGAGACGACUAAGUGCCCUUCUGGAAAAUUCGGCACAAGUUGCGAACAGAACUGCAACUGCCGGAACAAUAGCUCCUGUAAUCCCGAGACUGGAGUCUGUUACUGUGACAGGGGCUGGCAGGGGGAUGACUGCAGCAGUCCUUGUAAUCCAGGUUAUUAUGGAAUCGGUUGUAGGCAAAAAUGUCCCGAGGUGCCUUUAGGGAAUAAAACCUGUGAUCACAUCACAGGGGACUUCAUUUGCCCAUCUGGGUUUAUGGGCAUUACUUGUGAGCAUCCAUGUCCGAUUGGUAGCUAUGGAAAGAAUUGUCUGGAAAAGUGUUCAUGUAAAAACGGCGGAGACUGUCACCAUGUUACUGGUGCUUGUCAAUGUUUACCUGGCUGGGGAAAGAAUUGCUCAAUACCAUGCGAACCAGGGAGAUUCGGAAUUAAUUGCAGCCAGCACUGCAAAUGUUUGAACGGCGGAGAAUGCAGGAGAAACGACGGUGUUUGUAGAUGCAAACCGGGAUGGACCGGGAGCCAGUGUACAGAAGUAAUUUGCCCUGAGGGUUAUUUUGGGGAUCACUGCAUGACACCCUGCGAGUGUAAAAAUGACAACUACAUUUGUCACCCCGCCGACGGGUGUAUUUGCAAACAUGGUUUCACCGGCAAUGAUUGCGACGAGUCGAAUCUUCUAAGGCUUGAAACAAGAGAAGACGGGUCAAACUAUGGCGUUAUAGUGGCCGUUAUUAUAGUGUCUAUAAUAUUCUGUGCGGUUGUCGUGUUAGUUAUUUUCUACUACAAACGGCGGGUGCUAAAUCUGAAAACGGAAAUCGCUCACGUUCAAUAUAUUGCCGAUCCGAUGGGUUUCUCUUCAGAUCGUAAUCAUUUUGAUAAUCCGGUGUAUUCCUAUCAGGGAGGCGGGAAACGAGAUAAUGAAACGCUGCUGAACAAUUCAAACAUGAUUAUCAAUAAUUUGCAUAAACCCAACACAAAUUUGGAGAGAGCGAGGUUGGGUAUGGCAUGUUGCUCAACGGACGAUGAUGAUUUGUCUAAAGGGUCAUAUGGGUCAAACCUUGACGAAUUGAGAACUCUUAAAAAUAAAGAAGCAGACGCAACAAAUCCCAACGUUUAUCACAGCAUCGAGAAAUUGGAUCAUGUGUACGAUGAAAUUAAACAAAAAGAUGCAAAAGAAAUUGAACUGGAAUAUGAUCAUCUGGAUUAUACAAGGCCUGUGAGUUCUCUGAAACCACACUAUCAAAGAAUGCCAAGUCCAUUUGGCUCGAGCGACAUUCUCAAAGAGAACAAACAUAAUGGCCACAUGGACUCUUGAUUGCUUUGGUAUGUGUGAUAUGUGAGUUUGGUGCAAUAUUUUGUGAGUUUGUGUGUGAUCGAAUGUGUACCUGAGUUGCUUUCUUUCCUAUAAUAUAUUUUUCUUGUGGAGGGGUUGUGAAUAGUUUCUCUAAAAUAGAGAACCUGCCGGGAUAGCAAAAAUGCUCAUUUACCAGAACGAAUUGUGCCAAUCAUUUAUACAAAAUUAUAUGAAAAUAUUUUUUUGAUUCCAUAAAUUUAUUUUUUAAAUUCCUUGAAAAGCUUUAAUAUUAAUUUUUUACGGUAUAUGUAUAUUUGUCGGAUUAUGUCUUAAAUUGAUUGUGAGAGACAAAUAUUAUAUAAAGUUAAACUUUUAUAUAAACUUGGGUGUUGUGGUCAAUAUUUAGAGGUAAGAAAUUACUUUUGUAUAUAAAUUCUGUUAUAAAUGGUAAUGCAAUAGAGUCGCGAUAUACCGAACAGUAUCAUGCAAUCAACAACUGCUUAUGGUACUUCCAGUAUUGAUACUAAGAAGAAUAUUUUAGUAAAUAGUUUUAUUGACUCUUUGAGCGCAAAAGUUCAGUUCCAUUUACUUAAUAACUUCAUUGGAGUGAUUCUACUGCAAGACCUUGCCGUAAUGUUUGAUGUUUUUACAAAAAUUUCGCUGUCCUGUAAGUUGUUGAAUAGCAGAAUCUCUGAAUAGACUAUUUCCACUAAUUGCUCAUGUAAAUAUUUUAGAAAGUGACCUUUAUUAAAAACAAUACGUGAUCAAUUUUUCAAUCAAAUAUUGGCUCAAUAUAUUUUCAAAUUUUAUAUAUCGAUUUUAUCCCUAGUCGUGCAUGCUAUAUUUACAGACUUUCAAAUAUAUUCGUGUCGUUUUACUUAUAUAGAUUUUCUCUUAAUUUAGACAAACUGGAUACAUCGCGAUUCAUCGCUAAAUUUUCGUUAUUGAUGAAAAGUUGUAGCUGCAAGAAUCACAAUGUAUUCAUUGGUAAUUUUAAUACUUUUGAUGGUGUAUUACAAAGCAAUAAUUUGUUUAGCAUAUCAAAUCGAGAUGACAUAAAAUUA